AUGGCGGCCGCCGUAACGGAAACGGUGCAGAUCAACCCCGAUGUCAUCAAGGAGCCAGAAACGGCAUCAGAAAUUGUUGUCGCCGAUGUAGCUGCCUUGAAUGAGGACGCGCUCUACUGGUGGCGCACCAGCGGACAAGAUCUGGCCCGUAUGAUGCACGAGGCCGACUUCCCCGAGAAGACCCAGAGCCAAUUCCUGGAUUUCUACCGAACUGUCAUCUGUCCGCUGCUGAAGGGACGUCCUCAGCCAGACUCGUUGCCGACGGCAGUAGGUUGGGAUGGAAACCCCUUCGAGUAUAGCUGGGAAUUUAAGGGCUCGACGAAAAAGUCAAGUGUGCGAUUUGUCUUGGAUCUCAGUGAGGCUAGGCCCCCGAACAAAGAUUGUCCCAUGAGUGUGGAAACGGUAGAAAGGGUUCUUGAAGUUUUGUCCAAAAAGAGUCCGCUCUAUGAUGAUCAUUGGCAUCGUGCAAUCGAGCGGUGGUGCGUUUACUCGAAUGCGUCCUCUGAAAAGCAAAGAGAUUUAAUAGCCAAGGCGGGACACCAGACGCCCACUAUCCUUGGCUUCGACAUCAACCCGAAGAUCACCGAAAAGGCCCCAGAUAUGCUGCCCGUCAUGAUAAAGAGCUACUUCCCACCGUGCUUCGUUGGCGCAGACCGGGGCUUCACACGAUUCCAGGCGCUCUCCCUCGGCGUGCGGCAACUCCCUGACAUCGGCUCACACCCCAAUAUCCUGCUGGGUUUGAAGAUGAUUGAAGACUACGUAGCGGACAAUCCAAAGUACGAGGGCUGCGGGCGAGGGCUGUCCACCGACUUUGUGCCGGCCGGCAAGGCCCGCCUCAAGGUGUACCUGCGAUACUGGGGCGACGAUUUUGACGAGGUGUGGGACUACUAUACGUUGGGAGGGCGGAUACCGAUCCCGGACUUGGAUGAGGACAAGGAGAAACUACGCGACCUCAUUGCACUGGCGCGUGGGAGGGACUAUCCGGCCCACAAGAUCCGCCAGGAGACCGAGGCUGAGAAGAAGCGCCGUGCCAUUUUGGGUACCAAGCCUUCAUCGCUUUACUUCUCGCUGACACCUGACAAGCCAUACCCCAUCCCAAAGUUUUAUUUCUAUCCUGGGUUCCAGGCGCCCAAUGAUGAAGCUAUCGCUCAAGGUAUCGAUACUUGGUUGGAGAAGUAUGGCUGGGCUGAUGGCGGCAGAACGAUGGAGGAGCGGACCAGGAACACCUUCACAUACCGGAACCUUGACGAAAAGCCAGGUAUAUUCACUUUCAUUGGCAUUGGUAGGAAGGAAGGGAUCGAUGACCGGGCGCUGAGUUUGCAGGUUUAUGUUACCCCUGAGUUGUACGAAAAUCCACGAAUCUGA